GACUGCCUGUGUUUCUAGAGUUUUAAGAACAGCUUGUGGGCAUGACUUCCCGCAGCAGCAGCAGCAGCUGGAACUGUUUCCUGAGCUCAAAGGUCCUCCCUCUGCUUCAGUCGGAUAUUGCGUCGCCUGCGGAGGCUUUCCUGCUUCUCCGUGUCGGACCGGACCGGACCUGACAGGACCGCGAGAAAAAGUUCGUGGGCGUGUCCGGUCUCGCGGCAGUUUUCUGGGAACCAUGAAAGCCUCGCGCCCGGAGGGUUGAGGAGCUCGUGGCGAUGCGGAUGUUGGCGAAGUUCCUCUGUGCCUCAGUUCUCCUGCUCCUCUCCGCUCUCUACCUCCUCGGUUCAGUCAGACCCACCGCCAAGACGAACCCCCUUCCCGGGAAGAAGUACCGCCUCAUCUCCCCACCUACCUACCGCUACCUCCUGAACCAGCCGCAGGUGUGCCUGGACAGAAGUCCCUUUCUGGUCCUCCUGGUCCCGGUCGCGCCUCAAGAGGCAGAAGCCAGGCAGGCCGUGAGGAGGACAUGGGGGGCUCCAGGUAGAGACACUCUCACCCUUUUCUUCUCGGGGCUGUCAAAGGGGGCGCUGCUGUCACCCCUUCAGGGAGUCCUGGAGAAAGAAAGUCAGCAGCAUGGAGACAUCAUCCAGAUGGACUUCUUGGAUAGUUACCAGAACCUGACGAUAAAGACGAUGAUGAUGAUGAAGUGGCUGGCGGACCACUGCCCCAACGCCUCCUACGCCAUGAAGGUGGACUCUGACAUCUUCGUCAAUGUGUUUUACCUCAUCCAACGCCUCAGGAGCUCCCCCAGGGUGGGCUUCAUCACCGGGUCAGUGAUCCGGGACGGCAUCCCCAGGAGGGACCCCAGCAGCAAGUGGUAUCUGUCUAAGGAGCUGUACCUCGAAGACAGCUUCCCGCCUUACGUGUCUGGAGCUGGCUAUGUGUUUUCCACAGACCUGGCUGCCAGGAUCUCCUGGGCCUCCAGGUUUGUGCGGGUGAUUCCUCUGGAGGACGUCUACGUGGGCUUGUGUCUGCGUGUGCUGGGGGUCCGGCCGGUGUACGCCUACAGUCUGCCACGCUUCAGGAAUCUUUUUGAGGUGCGAAAGCUGGAGUAUGACAGGUGCACCUUUGCUGGACUCAUCAUUGUGAACAGGUUUAAGCCGUCAGAGCUGCUGCAAAUGUGGCAGGACUUUUCUGAAGGCCAGGCCGACUGCUGACCGCCUGCUGACCGCCUGCAGUGUUCGCUUCCCUGUGAAACCAACUAAUAGCUGGCUGGAAAGGAUAAAAGCCAUAAAAAACUACGAUAAUCAUUGAAAUGUGUUGACAGCAGUUAUUGAAUGUGUCAAAAUAGAUUAAUGAGUGAUGAGGCGAACAAAAGCCAUUUUAAAUGAAUCCACUCCCAAGUUCCAGGAAUUGAAUUGCAUUUACUAACUUUUCACAGUGUGACUCAUUGUGAGACUGGUAAGUCAGCGUGCCUUCCUCCUGUUGCAGGUGUGUUUAUUUUACACCAAGCAAAGGUUCCUUUUAGAGAUGACCUAUGACCUAUUGCAUUUCCUCCUAAUGAGGCGUGUGCCUUUUGUUUGGGUGUGAACCUGUGUUUAAGUGCCUGAGUGAUGGAUUACAGUCGAGUUCUGGGCCUCAUGGAAGAAUGUGUUCAGAUAGUUUCCUUUAUCAUUCGUUCUUCUCUGAAUUUAUUUGUGUCUUUGAUGUUUUUAUUCUCUAGUCGUGUGUUCGGAUUCUGAAUCCUUUCAGUGACUGUAACAAAAUAGACAAAUUAGGACUAUUUCCUUGAGUCACAUUUCCUUACAGCUGACUGUGAGGAAAGCUUAGGAAAAUGACUUUAUUACAGUGAAGCGUCCUCUUGGUGGGUAGAAAUAGACACAUAGUUGCCAAACAAACCAAAAGUGGAGAGGAUUAAAAAAUGGCAGCUGGCGUGAAAAGACCAACACUCGCUCCAUUUGAUACAGAGCUGAACAAUAUAUAGAAACGCAGUUAUCAUCGCAGUAUCCGUGUGUACAGUACUGCAAAAAAAAAAAAAAGACUGCUCUGAUGCAAUAUUUAGGAGAAGUGUGAUGUGUUCUGUCUUUUAAUGCACACGCCACAUCAGGCUCAAGGGGAAAUGUUCGAGACAUUGUGCGUGUGAUGGUGAAGAAACACACACAAUGUGUGUGAAGAAAGAAAAGUGACCUGAAAAUGACAGCUAAGACCAGGCUUAGACUUGCUGCUGGUGUAAAGUACAGCUGCUCAGCUUAUAAACUUGCAGUCACUAUCUCAGCUGAUUUAUGUGUUUGCUGCUUGGAUGCAAUAUAUGAUAACGUAUUAUAGUUUAGGUGGAAUUAAACUCUCCUCUUCAGUAAUAUAUUAGGUCAGUUGGAUGGUCUUUCAUUGUGUUUCAUUAACACACAUGAAAUAUGUCUUAGUAAGCAGGAUGCUAAAGCACAAGGAGAACAAUAAGGACUUUGCGAUGAUGCAAAAGUAAGAAAUGAGUGAGGAAAAUAUAGCUUAAUCACAGUCAUUAUGAUUAUGGCAGCAGGAAUAUCUCUGCUUCCUGCUUUUUUUUUCAUAUCGUGCAGCGUCGAGGUUUACAAAAGUUUUUAAAAUCUCCGAUUUCAAGGCUGCUCUCAUUUUCCUUACCUGUGGUUUGAAUCCUUUAGGAGCAUAAAGUGAUGUAGCGCUGCCCCUCCCCAACCAGUUGCUGUCCACUGCUAGUAAGCAGUAAAAGAUGUUUUUUUUGUUUUUUGUUUAUUUUAAACAACAAAAAACAAAUGUGACUGUCUGGAAAUAUUAAAACAAUUAGAUUUAUAUUUCAAUGCAGACAGUUGGAGUCCCCAUAUAUUUAGUCUUUCUUGAAGCAGAGCUGAUUGAUAAACAUUGUUAUUCUUGCAUGAGGCCCAGCAUAUUAAAACAAUCUGAGAAAUUCUAUCUGUCAGAAUAGUAAUAUCAGGUUUGGUGCCUACAUUUGCAUUUACUGAAUAUUCAGAUGCUGUACUCAUCUCACUGAGAUUUAUAAAAAUAACCAGCAGGUGGCGGUGUAAUCCAAAUGAUAAAAUGGAGAUUGCUGAUUCAUAUCAUUUGUUGACCUGCAAGGAAGUUAUGCCUUUCGAUAGUUUAGUGAGAAGAAACAAAAAUCUGUGUUAUUGUGUGUGUGUGUGAUGUAAACCAAACUGCUUCAUGACUUUAUACCUCAGUGUUUUCAUCAUAUCGCAUUCAGCUUCUUGGUGAAGGAACAUCAUCUUCUGUGAUUGGCUGCUGCUCUGCUCUGACCAGGAGGUCUGCUGAUAAAUGCUGUUUCCUAACUCACCAAAUAAAUGCCUCAGGAACAUUUUAAAACCAGUUUUCUUCUACAAGUUUCCGCCUUGGCAAAGUAAAGUUGUGUCUGGUUGAUAAAGAUAAGUGUAAAUAAAUGGAACCGUGCAUAAG